CCUUACUCUGCUCGCCCCUCAGCUGCUUCUUUUAUGGGCGAGUGAACGGCAGCAGCCAUGACCGCCGAGCCGGACGCGCUGGCCGUGGUCAACCAGCUGAGGGACCUGGCCGCCGACCCCAUGAACCGCAGGGCCAUCGUCCAGGACCAGGGCUGCCUGCCCGGACUCAUCCUGUUCCUGGACCACCCCAACCCUCAGGUGGUCUACUCCGCCCUGCUGGCGAUCCGUUACCUGGCAGAAUGUCGAGCCAACCGGGAGAAGCUGAGGGCGGAGCUAGGGAUGAUGCUGAGCCUCCAGAACGUCAUGCAGAAGUGAGUCUGAUGGAGCUGAUCCCGGUUUCUGCAAGCACAGUAGCAAAGUGACUUCCUGUUUGCUGUGAGCUCUAAGAAACAAGUUUAAAGGAGAAUAAAGGAAGAAGGAAUGUCGUGAGUCGCUGCUGAUCGUGGCGCUUUAUCUCGUCGAUAUCAGUGACGUGUACGUAGAGACCAACCUGC